AUGAAUGAAAGAAUUAAUUAAUAAGUAAUAAAAGCAAAAGUUGAAAAUGAAAAAAUGAGAUAAAUUAACAAUCAAACAAAAAACAAAUUUAAAAAAGCAUAAGCAGAAAAAAAGAAAGAGAAAUAAAUUAAAUAAAUAAAAAGCUAAUAAAUAAAUUAAAGAGUUAAUUAUUAUGUUUUAAAUUAAUUUUUAUAUUCAAAAAUAUCAAAAUCCAAAACAAAAAACAGUUUUUACUAAAGAAAAAUUUUCAAAUUUGACAGAUUAGUGCACUUUCCUAAACUAGAACCUAAGAAAGAUAGACCAUUUUCAUUAAUUGUAAUUCCACUUUUAAAUAUUGAAGAAAAAAAAGAGUAAAUUAGAUAGUUAGAAGGAAAAAAUGAAGUAAAAUCAUUGAAUAAUAAGUAAUUAAUUAUUAAUAAAAGCAAAAGUUAAAAAUGA